GUUUGUGUUUAUUAAUAAUUUUAUUAGGCUUAGGCAUAGAUCACAUUCAGUAAUAGAUCUAUAUUUUUACUAGGAAAUCAACCGAUCUAGUAAAACGUAAUAAUUAUCUUUUAGAAGUCUGUAGACCCAUAUUUAAAAAAUGUUCGGGAAGAAAAAGCCGCAGGAAUCAGGGAGAGACCCAGGAAAACGCAAAGGAGCAGAUCUGAUGAACCAGAUGGGAUUUGGUCCUAUUCCUGGUAUUGGGGACAUGGAUGGAAUGGAUUAUGGAGAUGACGAUGAUGAUUUAGAAGCAGAGCUGGCCGAGCUUGCUGGAGAAGAUUACCAGCCUGUGAAAAAACCAAAACCCAGAAGCAAAGGUGUAACUUCCAUUGAUCACAUAGAGAAAAUGGCUGCUUCCGGCCUGCAAGAUAUUGAUGAUGAUGUGUCAGAUACAGAGGACCCUGAUCUUCUGGCAGAGCUGGAGGAUUUGGAUGAUGAUGAUGACCACAUCUCACCACAAAGGUCAAGAAGUUCACAACUAUCCCCAACCCCAGCUCAGCCCCAGAGAUCAGGAAACACAUCCUCCGUCACUCCCCCAUCCCAACCACAGAGGUCCGGAAAUGCAUUCGCAGCCUUCCCCGCCUACCAGCCUCAGACCUCACCUGUUUCCAAGCCGUCGUCUGAAAAUGUCACCCCCCGAGCAUCACCCUCUGUCCAGCCACCCCAGCCUCAAGCACCCUCACCCAAACCAUCCCCCGGGGGAUCUUUGACCAGCGUCCUGGAGGAGAGGAUGUCUUUGUAUAAGCAAGCUCAUGCUGCUGCCAAAACUGCUGGAGACGGCGCUAAACAAAGGCGGCUUGACAGAGGCAUCAAGACCCUAGCUGAUUUGUUGCGGCAAGCAAAGGCAGGUAAACCAAUCAAUGAAGAGGAAAUCCCACCUCCAGUUGCACUAGGUGCCAGUGUGGCCGCUGAUUCACAAGGGGAUAAAGGCUCAGCUACAACCACUAAUGAUUCUUGUGGAGUAACGGUACAUUUACAUUUUUUAGCUACCAGUGCUGAAAUCUCAUCCCAGAGUUCAACUCCUUCAUUCUCUGAACAAACUGGUUCUAAGCAGAUGUUAGAAGCUAGGAGAGAUGAGUACAAGAAAGCGGCACUGUUGGCAAAACAAAGUGGUGACAUGGCCAAAGCUGGAAACUAUGUGAAAAUUUCAAAGCAAUUUGACAGUGUAAUUAAAGCAGUGGAGGAAGGGAAAGCUGUGGAUUUAUCAAAAAUGCCUCAGAGCCCCCCUGAGAUUUCAGGUGCAUCUGUGCAGGUAACAGCCCGCCCUGAAACUGUCACCCCAACUCAGAGGUCUGUGCAGCUUGAAGCAGGAGCUGAGCCAGAGCUGCCUACAAUCAGCGCUGAACAAGAAAAGGCCAUCUUCAAUGCCCCAGAUGCACCUAAAACAGUGAUGGAGGCCCUGACACAGAGAUUAGAGAAAUACAAAUCUUCAGAGACUGCAGCCAAAAAUGAUGGGGAUUCUAGCAAGUCUAGAAGGAUGGGCAGGAUAGUUAAGCAAUACGAGGAUGCCAUCAAGAUGUACAGAGCUGGUAAACCAGUGGACUUUGAUGAGCUGCCAGUGCCUCCAGGUUUUGGGCCCAUACCUGUUGAUAGGCCAUCAGCUUCCAGUGCACCUGUACCAGCACCACGACCUAAUGCAACUGACCCUAAGCCAGCAGAACCUACAGCAAGACCAGUGCCUCCAGUUGUUGCGGCCAAGCCAGUGCCUCCAACCGUAGCAGCCAAACCAGUGCCUCCAGCCGUGGCGUCUAAGCCACUUCCACAACCCAGCGCCUCAGUGGCUCCGCCUAUUCAGCGCCAGAACACUGCUAGAAAGAGCAUGCACUCUAGGCAGGAACAACAACUCUCAUUUUUACAGGAAAGAAUGGGAGAAUUUAGACAAGCGGCCAUGAAUGCUAAAAAGAACCAAGACAUUGAGCUGGCAAAGAAGUAUGUUAGAAUGAUGAAGGGUUUAGAGCCCAUGAUAGAAGCGUGUGAGAGUGGUCUCCCUGUAGACUUGGCACAGGUCCCACCAUCCCCAAUAGGGAUAGACGAUGCUGAAGAUAAGUUUGUUGUUGUCUCCGCUGAGGACUGCACACCCACAGGGGACAGGGAUGAGGUCUACGAGAACUUAAAAACUGACCUCAUCAGGCAAAUACAGAUCUGUGUCACCAACGCCCAACACUACCAGAAGCUGGGAGACGUCCCCGCAGCAGCUAAAUUUCAGAAGCUUGAACAAAACAAUCGCAAAGAUUUGGAAUCCUUAAAAAGUUCACAUCGGCAUGGUGACCCUGUACCUAAGUUUCACUAUGAAACACGAACUUUUUCAAUGGUCCAAAGUAACACAGAGCUGGGUGAUGGUGACUUAGAGUUAACUAUUGUAAGAGGGAUACAGUACAAUUUACCUUCAGGAUUUUCUGAAAAAGAUAUGGACACCUGUGUCAAAUAUGAAUUUGCAUAUCCAACAGAACAACCUCAGACAGGUAGUACAGCCACGGUAAAAGAUACCAUCAAUCCAGAAUAUAACGAGUCAUUUAAAUUGGAAAUUAAUCGUAAAUCUAAAGGUCUCUUUCGAUUUGUUGAAAGGAAAACCAUUAAACUGGAAAUCUACAUCAAAAGGGGUUUUUUCAAAGGGGAUAAACUUUUAGGGACAGUCCAUGUCAAGUUACAACCUUUAGAAAACCAGUGCAGCAUUCAUGACAGUUUUGAUCUUGUAGAUGGUAGAAAAUCUGUUGGAGGUAAACUAGAGGUGAAGGUGAGGAUACGUGACCCUUUUAAAAACAAGCAAGUGGAUGAAGUGGCUGAAAAAUGGCUGGUUAUAGACCAGUUCAUUAGGACAGCAGGGUCAAAGAGUCAAAUAGAAGCAAAGGCACCAAAAUCAACAAGCGAUGGGACAAGUUGUAUGGAAGUCCUACGCUAUGAGAAACAACUGUUGGAUAAACAGAUCCUGCAGCUGAAAGACAGCUUAAGCUUGUCACAGACCCAGGUUCUGAAGCACAAGAGUGCUAUGAUUGAGGAGAAGAUUGAAUUACAGCAAAAAAGAUUGAGGGAAGGUGGACGGGAUGCUUGGAAAGCCUAUCUAGAUACAGUACAAGCGGAAGUGCUGAGUUUUCACAGAGAGGCCAUGCAGUUUGCUAAACUUGGGGAUAAACAGAAAGCUGAGGUGUAUUUGACAAAGAAAAAGUUUGCUGAGAAAGAGCUGGCUGCAAUCAAGGCAAAGUUUAACACUUAGAUAUAAGUCAUAAUUGUUUCCAUGAUUUUUUAUUGGAGGAAGUAUUUUUUUGUAAACAGAAGAUACAUAAGUUAAAAUAUAUGAUCAUUUUAGUCAACAAGCCUUAGAAAUAAAUUAAAUAUAAUUAAUUUUGUUUUUGCAUUUAAUUUUUUUUUCAUCGCUUUAAUGUUUCAUCUGUUUUAUGCAAGGCUUGUUUUAUUAGACAUAAAGUAAUCUACUUAGAGCACUGAAAGAUGAACGCUGGUAUAUUGGACUGAUUUUGUGUCAAAAUGUUUUAAUUCACCCAUCUGUAAAUAAAACAAUGUACAUAUUUUCAUAAAUGAGAACUAUUUUUACAGAGCAAUUGGAAACAUUUGAU